AUGUAUGGCACGCUGAGUCUAACCAUUACCAAGAAGCAGCUGAUUGCCGAGGUGGCUCAGACAGUUGAGAUGACACAGAAGGAUGUCGGUGCUGUUAUUGACGAAUUCGUGAAAUUGAUUGGUAAAUAUCUUGGUGAAAACAGAGAAAUCUCGAUCCCCAAGUUUGGCCUUUUCCACAACUCCCUACGCGGGCCGCGAAUGAUGAAGAACCUGCAGACAGGAGAAAUGUACACUGCAAAGCCGGUAUACGUGCCGAACUUGAGAUUCUACGACACCGUCAAGGACGAAAUUAACCAAGCUCUGAAACCCGAAUGA